GAGAGAGGAGGGAGCAGGUCCAGCCCCGCUUUGCUGCGCCCAGCCAGCACUCAGCAGUGCCUGUGCCAAGAACCAGCUUUCUUAAAGCCAUGGGCCCGGGGGCCGGCUGUGCAGGCGGAGGGGAGCCCGGCAGCAGCGGCUGGGAAGCAGGGAGGGGAGCCCGCAGCCUCCGGGGUCACCAUGGGCAUAAUUCACCUGUGCACACCCCUGGCCUUCCUCCUUCUCACUCUUGUUGUGCUUGGGGCACCCACUGAUGAAGCCAGCCUCACAGAACCAGCCCGUGGUGCUUGCAAACGCUGCUGUGACCCACUGGACCCUUCCACAGAUGCCCCACCACUCCCUCCCAGCCACCACCACUUGCCCUACCCAAUGCCAGAGGUCCGUCCAUAUAUCAACAUCACUAUACUGAAGGGAGAGAAAGGAGACCGGGGAGAGCCUGGAAUGCCAGGGAAAUGGGGCAAAGAAGGACCACGAGGCGAACGAGGUGCCCAGGGCCAGAAAGGCAGUAAAGGACAGAUGGGCACAGCUGGAGAACCCUGCAAGCAUCAGUAUGCUGCAUUCUCUGUUGGUCGCAAGAAAGCACUGCACAGCAGUGAGGGCUUCCAGGUCUUGAUCUUUGACACUGUCUUUGUCAACCUCUAUAGCCACUUCGACAUGUUCAAUGGUAAAUUCUACUGCUAUGUAGGUGGACUUUACUAUUUCAGUCUCAAUGUCCACACCUGGAACUUCAAGGAGACCUACAUGCACAUCAUGCACAAUGAAGAAGAGGCAGUCAUCUUAUAUGCCCAACCCAGUGACCGUAGCAUCAUGCAGAGCCAGAGCCUCAUGCUGGAGCUCCAGGAAAAGGAUGAGAUCUGGGUGAGGCUCUACAAGCGGGAGCGGGAGAAUGCCAUUUACAGUGAUGAUGUUGAUGUGUACAUCACCUUCAAUGGGUACCUGAUCAAGCCCAGCCUUGACUAACUCCACACCUCCCCCCUGGGGCCUCUUUGGCCUUUUCCUUCUUCCUCUCUCUCUCUUUACUGCCCGCAACCACUGCAAAUCACUUGGAAAUGGACCUGUGAAAUCUCAGGCACUGAGUGUGAAAAUUGCCACGCUGGCUCCCACCUCACGCUCUCUUGUAGCCAGGCCUAUAUCUGUCCACUUACAGCAUGACACUACCAUCUCUUGGCCCCUCACCUCAUGACCCCAGCAUAGGUUAUUGGCUUCUUCUAAAUCUAAAUCUAAAUGAGCUGUGUCUGGAAUUUAGGGUCCUAGAGCAGGAGAAAAGCCAAAGUGCUGCUCUUGGAGGUGUGUCCCUCCUUGGCAAUUUAUACCCAAAGGACUCCUGUAGAAAGGGCUAGAAAAUCCCAACUGCCCAGGUGCAUCCUGGUUCCUCUUCCUCCCAAUGAGACGUGCCAGCUUUGCAGCCUGCAACAUGCCAUUAAUGUCACCUCUCAAACGGGUAGUCUGGAGAGUAGACUGGAGUCUGAUGGCUUCCAGUGGCAUAAGGAAGAUGGAGGAUGGUGAGAGACAAUACUGCCUUUCCAAAAAGGGAGCUGUUGACCUCAUGAAUUAUAUCAUUGACUUUCCUUAGACACUUUCCUGGGUCAUAGUGACCAAGUUGGCUGUAAAAUUUAGGCCUGGUGAGACUGACCUCUUCUCUCACAGCUCUAGCUCUUUGAAGACAUGAAAGGCCAGACACUCAGUGAGUAUCUCCAGAGGCAUCUUCCAUUGAAUCAGUAGAGCCCACCAGUCUAUUCCCACUAUGAGGUAUAAAUUCAGAAUGAGAGAGAGAGAGACGCCUCCCAAACCUCCCCUGGGGUGCUACUCAGUCUCAGUCCCCCAGCUGUGGGAAACCAGUCCAGAUAGUGACCCUGAAUCUGCUCUCCUCUUUGGCCCUUCCACUGGUAUCAGCAGUUAUCCCUAGCAUUAGCUGAUGUGAGGGGGGAGCCAGACCCUGGCUCCUGCUUGCCAUUACCUUGUCCUCCUGAAGGUGGUUCUCCCACAUUGGUAUUGAGAGACCACUAUGUCAGGACCUGAGCGGGAAGCUGUAAGGGCAGUCAGUCACAGUUUUGUCAGUUCCAGCUCUGGGCAAGUUGGCAUCUCUUUGCCUCUGUGAAAAGACAUAGAGGUGUGUCGCAGUUCGGUGCUGACAGUCUGAGGCUGUACUGCCUCAGAGGUGACACUGCCCCAGGCUUACAAGCUUCCCUGCCAUGUGGUCUGUGCCUUUUUCUGGCAAACUCACCAGAGCAACUGAGAAAUGCAUGUGGCUAAAACAAAUCCUUGCUCUUCUUGACAGGUUGGAGAUGUCACGGUGGGAAAGGAAUGCCAGUGGUAGGGUUUUUAGUACCAUUUGUACUGGGCUCACACCGCUCUUGCUCACAUCCCUCUGGGAUUCCAACAGUCCUGAGAGGAGCAGAUGAGGCUGACUCAGUACUUUGGGAAAUCUACUUCCACAUGUUGUGAUGCUCGCAGAAAGAACAGUGCCAGGAGUUGUCUCUUUUUUGAGUCUCAGGACAGGACAAGCAGGAGAAAUUCUAUUUCUCCUCUGCCCAUCACUGUUAAUGAAGUCUUCUAAUUUACAGAACUUCUGAGGUCCCAUAAUUAGCCAUGGUC